GACCCGAGCGCGCUGGAGACCGCCUGCGGACCGGGCUCCGAGGCGCAGGAGCGGCCCCGCCUCGCGCUGCAGUGGGCGCUGCUCCAGAGCGGCUGGCGCGCCCUGCGGCCCGGCGGCGUGCUCGUCUACUCCACCUGCACGCUCAACGACCGCGAGAACGAGGCGCAGUGCAGGAGGCUCCUGGAGGCCGAGCCCUCGGCCGAGCCGCUGGACCUGGCCCCCCUGCUCGGCCUGCCCCAGGAGGCGGGCGACGCGAGCGGCCAAGGCUUCGUCAGGAUCUGGCCGCACGCCUUCGACACCGAGGGCUUCUUCCUCGGCUGCUUCCGGAAGCUGUCAAGCCAGGGCGGGGGCGCCGAGCCUGCG